AAUAGGCUUCCAUACUCUUCUUGGUAAUAUUUCCACCAUGUUUAUUUCAACACGUCGCCCCGCCCACCAGCAUGAGACCAACGAGCGCGCGCUCGCCGAGUUCGCGCGCACUUCCCAACGCUGUCUGCUGACGGGUCACGUCAUCCAAAACAAACGUCUCCCUCUCCCGAAGGGACUGACGCUGAAACGCGCCGCGGGAGGAGGUCGUCGUCUACUUUUUGACUUCGUCGAUCUCACUUCCGGGGUUCUGCUACCUUUCCAUCAAGAAAGCCUUCCAUCUUUUUUUUUUUUCCUUCAUAAAACACGCACCCAAAUCAAGUUAGGAUGUCGAUGGUAAAGAGUGGUUGGCUCCAUCGACAGAGCACCAUCCUGCGCCGGUGGAAGAGGAACUGGUUUGACCUUUGGGCCGACGGCCGCCUCGUCUUCUACAACGACCAGCAGCGCUGUGACAUGGAGGACGAGCUCCACAUGAGGGUGGACUGCAUCAACAUCCGCAGCUCCGCCGCGUGUCAAGAGCUGAACCCGCCGGAGGGGAAGAUGCGCGACGCCUUCCUCCAGAUAGUGUGCAGGGACGGCCGGGUCGUCAGCCUGUGUGCAGAGAGCGCGGACGACGCCCUGGUGUGGACCAUGGCGCUGCAGGAGGCCAGAAUGAAUCGGGAGGUUGCUCCACCUAAGGUCGGCUUUACACAGGACGUGAUGCCGUCGGCUCCUCCCGUCUACUCAGAAUACGCCCCCUCACCUCAGGUCUUCGUUCCGGGUCCGUACGGAGAGUACGUCGCACCUCCGCCGCACGCCACGCAGAUCGUGUACUCCCCCGACGGGCAGCCGUACGCCGUGGCGUACCCGUACCAGUACCACGGCGGGUACGGCGCUCCCGGCGUGAACCACACCGUUAUCCGGGGACGCCAGUGGGAAGACGGAGGCGACGUGGCGUUGGGGAUGAUCGCCGGAGCGGCGACCGGUCUGGCCAUCGGCUCGCUCUUCGCCGUCUUCUAGUGUCUCGAUUAACGUUCAUUUAGUAAACGCCCCCCCCGCGUGUGAGUGUGUAUGUAUUUAUAUAUAUAUGUGUAUAUAUACUGUCAGCACUUUCUCAUAUGCCCGUGUGGCAGUUGCCCUCUCUCUCUCUCUGUGUUAUUUAACCAAAAAUCAUACGCAACAAUUACUCCAUUUAAAGGUACAGUGUGACGCAUCUCCGGUGGGAAAUGGAAUAUAAUAUUAUGAAGUACGUUUUCUUUACUCGCCGUUUAUACAUUUACUCAAGUUGUGCCCUAAGUUAUUUCUCUACGGUGGCCCAGAACGGCCAAACCAAGAUGGCGGACGUUCUCCCACACGCUUUGCAAUUUGAUUGUAAUCUGCAGUCUCGCCGCUAGGUGGCGGUAGAAACCUUUCACGAUGGAUCUUUUCGUAGACUGCGAUGUCUCUCGCCCGAUUUAGAAGAAUUCUGAUUCACGGCAUAAAAGUGUUACGAAGAAACCCCAUUGAUCAGCUGACGACCGGCUACGCCUCUUUUUAUAGAGUUAUUUAAAUAAGAGGAAAGACACUUCUCUGUUGUUCAUUUCAGGUCCUCCAGUUUGUUGGUUUCUGAUUCAUGGAGAACGUUUCAGCUUUUCAUAUUUGCAGAGUUACUGUAAACGGUCUUUAAUAAGUGCAUUUCUGUGUGUUCCCGUCUCUGUACUCGGCCUUUACUUUGAUUUACAGCGUUUCUUUGACUCCUCGGGAUAUUUCUGAUGGAGGCGGGCUGACACGCGCACACACACACAUGAACACACAUGAACACAGACAAAAACACAUACAUAUGAACACAAACGAACACACACAUAUGAAUACACAGACAAAAACACAUACAUAUGAACACCUCACACACACAAACACACAUGCACACACACACAUAUGACCAUACGCACACAAAAACACACACAUGCACAAACACCCACAUGAACACACAUGCACACACACACACACACAAACAAAUAUGAACACACAUGCACACACAAACAAAAACACACAUAUAUGAACACACACCAACACACAUGCACACCCACACAUUGAACACACACGUACACACACAGCAGUACUCCUGUCCUCAUUUUGGAUGUGAUGAUGUCACCACUGGCUGUGCUCUGCAGUGAAAGGUUCCGUGACUCCUAACUUGAGUCUUAUGCUGUUUCCGCUGGCAGCUGUUUGACCCACAGCUGUUGUUUGUUUUCUUUGAUAUCUCAGUCGGUUUGAGGCAGCCUGAACGAACACAUCAGGUCUCUAUUGUUCUGCGGCCGCUCGGUAGAAACACGCUCCGCUCUUCGAGGAAACCGCUCGUCUUCAUUAACUCGCCACGAGAUGUGGAGAUGUGAUGACGUCUGUGAAGCACAUGAUCGUCUUUGUGCGAGCAGCCUAACAGCGUGACGUCUGUUUUAUAUAUUUCUCCUUAACUUGUAUCUACUCUGCUUUUAGAAUACAACAAUAUAUGAUAGUUAACUAACAGAUGUAUUUUCAAUAAUUAAAUAAUAUAUGUUCACAAAGGUAAUAAAGACUUGUGUUGUUUAUUUGAA